AAGGUAACCACAAUGCACUUCAAAGGCAGAUAUAGUUAGUGAUUCUGUUAAGCGAACAUUGUUCAGACGGGAACUCCCAAACAGAAUACUUCACUUUAUUUCAGCAAGAAAGUUGAAAACUGUUGUAUUGUUUUUGACUUUGAAAUUGAAUUGCGAAAGAAAUUCACUUAUCAAACUGGACCACCAACGGGCCUAGAAGAGUUUUGAGGCAACACCUGGUCGGCCCUAACACUUUGAAGUCGUCAACCACAGAAAGGUGACUGGUGUUUAGAUUGAUGGGAGACGUGUCAGCUUGUGUCAACAUUUUGCCUAACCAAGCCAAUAUAUAUUCCUGAGAAGUGGACGCAGUUGAGUGGACGUUUGUGCAGACCUUUUGGCCUCUCUGUUUUCUCGGCAAAUUUAAGAGACCGUCUAGGUCAAACUACUCAUUGCGUUAGUAACGAACUCUAGCAGUGACCAGAACAGCUAUGCCACGACCCGGCAGAAACACUUACAGCGAUGCCAAACCACCGUAUUCCUACAUCUCGUUGACGGCAAUGGCGAUUCAGGCAUCUGGGGAGAAAAUGUUGCCCCUCAGCGAAAUCUACAAAUUUAUUAUGGACCGUUUUCCCUUCUAUCGAAAAAAUACCCAACGCUGGCAAAAUUCGCUUCGCCACAACCUCUCGUUUAAUGAUUGCUUCAUCAAAAUUCCCAGGCGACCUGACAGGCCCGGCAAGGGCAGCUACUGGGCAUUGCAUCCAAUGUGUGGGGAAAUGUUUGAAAAUGGCAGUUUUCUUCGACGGAGAAAACGUUUCAAAUCGCCGAAUAUUCCAACGAUUGAUGAAAAUAUGCAAAUAAAGCACAUCGAUUCCGCCAAGUUUUUCCAGGACCAGGCAAAACUUGUUACAACUUUUACGCCGAGUAGGAGUACAGUUGCUCAUUAUCUUCCGGCUCAACAGCGACAAUUAUCAGUAUCACACAACACACACCCAACGUCGCCAACAUCACCUACUCCAACGCAGCAAAAGAAAUCAUUUUCUAUAGAAAAUAUAAUUUCAACUGAAAGCAAACCUCCGCCGAUUCUUGCCCCUCAAAUCAUUGUACACAGGCCCCCGUUUGAUAUAGGACCUCUAGGAUCCGACGCUAUGCACGCGCCCUGGACACCUUCGUUGUGCGCGACCAGUCGGUGUAGCUUACCGGGCCAAAUGUGUACAGAUUGUUCAGGACAUUGCGGGAUGUUUCAUGCGGGGUAUAUGCCACAUCCACCGUCGUUGCCACUGUCAUUUAAACCUCCAAUGCAUGGCCUAGCUUUUCCGAUGCAAAUUCCAAGAACUUUACUACAUCAUGCAGCACACCUCAACCACCAGUCCCCACCAAAACUCAUCGAGGGAUUUCUACAUGCGGAAAAAAGGCGCAGUCCUAAAAUAUCGGAAAUAGACUCACCGAACACUGUAAUCAAAGCUUGAAACUUUUUUUGAAAUUAAAGACAAUAUCCAAAACAGAGACCACUCUAUACCAACAUAAAAGAAUAAUUUUUGACUGUUCAUAUGUGUUGCUAAGAAAUGCAAUUAUUUUGUGUAGUAGCUCAGUUGCAAAUAUGUUUUUUUUUGUGGAUCGUAUUCACGGUGGCUGGAAUUGUGUCCGUGUUGUAGGUACGUAGGCCCCAUUAUUAUAUUUUAGAAAUCAAACUUUGAUUGAACACACAGGAUACAACUAGGGCUAGGCCCUAUAUGAAUUUACGUGAAAUCAUUACAGUAUUUCAAUUAUCGGGCUAACUAGUACCGGUAUGUUGAUAAUACAGUAACCCCGGCUUGCAUUUAUUUAUAAUCUUGUCUUUCUACCCGCAAGAUUUUGCAUAGGUGUUAGAUCUAAAUAUUUAAUUGUUUGCAAAGAACACCAAAGUAAGUUAUCUUACCUACAUCUUUUUUUUCUUCAAAAUAAUGUGCGUUUUCUUAGCUGUCUAUUGCAACGAAUAUUAAUGUUUAAUGAAGUGAAUCGUAAACACUUUUAUAAGAGAUAAUAUGUUAAUGUUGAAUUUGUCUUUAAUACUACGUCAAACUAUAUUUAAUUAGGUCUAUAGUUAUUAUUCAUAUGUAUAGAUGAUGAAUGAAAUAGGUAAAGCUAAGCUUACUCUCAGUGAACAACUGCCUCAAGGCUGGUGCAUGCUUGUUUACUAUUUGGGAAAUGCCUUUGAAACUAUCAAACAAAAGCGUAGUAAUGCUUAGUGUAACGGAAACGUCAUUCUAUUAUUUUUGAACUGCAAGUUGGUAUGAUUUAUUCUGAAAUCUUCGUCUAUAUUUGCGACUAUAUCGACUCUCUACUGAAAUCAACCGUUGGCUUUAUUUCUCCAAUUUAAAAAUAAAAAAAUAUUUGUAAUUUAUAAAAAGAAAUUGUUAAACAUUUCAAUAGGUGUAUUAUUAAUCAACCGUGUAUUACUUAUGUGCAAUGCAAACUAUGUCGAUGUUGUUUGGUAGAACCCUCCGCUCCUACUUUGUCUUUUAGUAAAAUUUAUAUCACAUUCAUGAGAUUGAUAUUAAAAUAUGCAAAUAAAUCUACAGCAUAUAGUUGGUAUAAAUUACCAAAGUGUGCCGGUACUAUUGUUACUAAAGUGUACGUCAACCACCGAAAGUCGGAGUAAUUUUGCGACUUUAAACAGCUCAUUUAAAUAAUUCUUUACUAGUUAUAGGCUAUCGUUUAUCAAAAGAUGAAAAGUUAGAGUUACGUGUUGUAUAGACUUUUAAUUCUUUUUUAAACCUUAUUAAACCUUAAUAUCAAUGAAAGAAAACACAGUUGAAAAAUAUUUCUUUUAUUGCCAACCUAAAGUUGUUGAUAUUUAAAUAGUGUAAAGAUAAUUGGUCUAUAGAGUAAGAAAAUUGAUGUUGUUGUUGAAUGUAUGAACAAUAAAUGUUAUUAAAUUGA